AUGCAAAUGAGCGGUGAAUGGCACAAGUGGCAUGCAUACAAUUUUAUUUUAUGUGGUCUCACGGAUGAACUGAUCAAACUUGGAGCCAAGCCGAGUGUAAAGAUGAAAGUACUUUGGAUAUGGGUUCGAUAUAUUCAAAAAUUUCAAGUCAAAGAGGACUUACAAGUGAAAAGUAAAAAUGGAAAUGACAGCCUAGGUUUCAGCAAAGUAUCAUUUCAAGCUGACAGUGGUAAUAGUGAACCAGAAGAAGACUCGGAAGUCAAACAAAAGAAAAACAAAGCAGCAGAGAAAUUCACCAAGGAAAUUAAAAUUGUUACUAAAGGCUUAUUACUAGCCAUACUGUAUGUAGCACUUAAUUUGGACCGAAGCAAUAUCCAGCUCUACCAUUUAUUCAGGUUCAUAAAAGAGGGAAGAUUGAGUUUCUUGAACUGCAACAAGUACAUACCGAAAGAAAUUGAUACAAAGACAAUACCACAUUGGAAAAGCUUCUCACUGUGCCAGAGUGACUAUACCUCGCACACAAUCCGAGCAUACGCUAUGGCCUGCAUCAAAACACUGAAUCUUGGUCUACCAUUUGUGCCAGAUAUGAAUAAAAUUAUAAAUAACUACAUUAAAGAGCUUUGCCUACCAAAAGACUUCAAAAACCUAGUCCUAUCACUUAUGCUGUGCUAUCCCUGCGACUAUUUGGAUAUUGACAAGGUAACACAGAAAACUUUGCUGCGUCUCCCAGAUUACGAAGGCGUUGCAAUGGCAUACGUCGUAGUCGCGCUCAAGAUGUGCUUCGGUCUGGACGGUGAGUACGAGGAGCGCUUAUCGGAUGCAGUUGAUAAAAUCAACAACGAAGAGAACUAUGUGAAAUCGCACAAACUGGGGAUGUUCUCCGAUAGCUCCGACAGGCUGUUCUCGUUUCGCGAAUGGGCGCGGUUCUUGCAGUUUAGGAAGACCAUCCUGAGUCAGCAUUACUUGCCUAUGGCCAGACAGUUCAAUCAAGAGGUGGACGAUUACGUUCUGAUGGAGCAAUGGGAGGAGAGAGCCACGCGCCCCAUCAAGCUAAGGGAUGAAGUCACGAUGGACAUUCUGAACAAAAUCCCAUUGAAGGGCGACAUUAAUGUUAUACCCAAAUCGAAAUUCGUCGCGUGUCUCACACCGAUGGCGAACUACACGGACGCUAUUCUUAACUAUGUCCACGAUAAUGAAUUGAGAUUGCUACUGAGCGAAGAUUUCAGCCAAUAUUCCUUAAAAUACGCCACGGAAAGUUUGACUCUUCUUAAUGACGCAACGAGAGAGAAUUUAAUUGUAGGUGUAAAUGAAAGCAAUAAAAUAGUAGAUAGAAAAAUAGAGGAGUAUUUUGAUUCUAAGAAGGGUGACUUGACUAUGGUGUUCGUAAGAAACUGUGAGAAUAAAAAUUGGCUGAAGACUAAUCCUCCGAAGGCACAGCACAUUACGAAGAUCAGCGAAAAUGAGACUUGCGAGAGCGAUCAUGGCUAUGACUCGAACAUAGAAAGUAGCCCUGUAAAGCAGAGUGAUUCAGAAGUUAUCGGUGAAAAGGAUUUAAAACUUAAAUGCGUUGAAGACGAAAAUGAUAAAGUCAACAUAUUCGAUGAUAGUUUUGUGGAUUUACUUCCGACAGAAAAGUAUGAGGAAUUAGUCGAACCGCCAGAACAGUACGAUUGGCUGGAAAAUGUGCAAGAGGAUGGUGAAAUAGAUUUGAGUAGUUUGAAUAGAGAUAAAAUCAUUGAUGAACUAGUUUCUCUGGCCUGCAAAAGGCACAGAGUAACAAUGCCGUUGGCGUACGUAGCGAGGGAGCCUAGGAAGCGUAGACGCGACUAUGUUGAAAAUGAAGAUGGAGAGAGAGUGUACAAAAAAAAGAAACCCAGUGCGAGACGGAACGAAGUUCAAAAGAAAAUCGACAACAUGAUAGUGGCGUAUUACAACCACUUAAACAAUUGCAGCAUGGCGAACGUUCUUAAAAGUCUCCAUGAACCGGAAUUUGAAACGUUGGAAGGCAUUGAUUCGUGCCUUCGGCCGACUGUUCAGAUUGGACCCCUAUUCGACACUGGCGACUCUACUGUCGAUCUGAACGAAAUAUCCCCGACGCUGCCUGACGACAACCUACUCGAUAUGCCCGCUGAUAAUUAUGAAGUGAACACGCGAAGCGCAAAAGCCGACUCGAAUUUCGAUGAGAAAACGCACAACAUAGAACAGCUGUACGUGAAAUUGAAGCAAGACGUCGCGGUCGGUGAGCUUAGCUUCGAGAAAAUAAGCGAGGAUCCGGACCUCGACGAAAUAAUAACGAAGAAGAUAGAGCAAUUCAAAGUCUACGAAAACGCCGUUUGCUUCGAAACAGAUAAAGGAAACGAAAUCGAAUACAACAGCAGCGACACGGAUGGCGAAAGCGACGAUCAAGAGACGGAUCAUAGGGAACGGGACAGAGCGAGGCAAAAGGAGAGUUUGGAACCGUUGGUGAGGGUUCCGGAAGGCACGAAAACGUUCAAAUAUUGGCUCAGACAUUACAGCACACGUAUCUUGGGAAAGAACUUGGAUUUGCAUCAGAAAUUCGACAUGGAGCUGAGAGAGAAAUGUCCCGCGAGUUUUAACUUGAUCAUCAACGAAUGCGCCGCGAUUCUAGGCUGUUCGGUGUACUGCCUCUAUAAGGGCUUGCAGAACUUGGAGGCAGUUAUAAUCGCAAAGGCCAAACAAGAGCGUAAAUGCGAUAUGAAA